GAAUAAAUUAAUAAAUAUAUACAUAUUAACCUACCUAUAAGCUUCAAAUCUUGAUCGACGCCACCCUAUCAAAGUGUUUUUUGUAGGCAUAAUACAUAAAAGAAAAAAUAAUCUAAUUUUAAGCAUGCAUAACUAAACACCUCAACUCGUAAUCCAGAUUGUUAUUUGAUCAUCUAAAUUUAUGUGUCAAAUCAUCCAAAAGACACCUUGAGGAUGAGUUGGAGUGUUCAGUUGUCAAUCAAGACUAAGUUGAGGUGUCUAGAUAUUCACCGUCAAAGUUAGAGUGCUUACUUACCAACUGAGGUCAAACUUGACUGUUUGCUUGUGUAUUAUGCCCUUUUUUUGUAACACAUCCUAUUCAUUAGUGAAAGUUACAUGUAAAGCAAUAAAGGGAUAAGACUAAUCCUAGUUCACUGAUGUCCAAGAAAGACACAUUAGCAUGGUGGUGUUAAAGAUAGGUGACACAUUGUUGGUAAUAUUUUGAGGCAAAAAAAAAUAAAAUGUCAAGUGGUGGUUGUAGUAUAGUAUGGUUUAGGAGGGAUCUGAGGCUUGAAGAUAAUCCAGCACUGGCUGCUGCAGUGAGAGCAGGAUCAGUGAUUGCUGUGUUUAUAUGGGCACCAGAAGAAGAAGGAUACUAUUGCCCUGGAAGAGUGUCAAGAUGGUGGAUUAAGAAAAGUUUGGCUCAUCUUGAUUCAUCUUUGAAGAAACUUGGCACUUCACUCAUUACAAAGAGAUCUAAUGAUAGUGUUUCUUCUCUUCUUCAAGUUGUCAAAUCUACCGGUGCAACUCGAGUUUUUUUCAAUCAUUUAUAUGAUCCAAUAUCACUUGUAAGGGAUAAUUGCGCAAAGGAAACCUUAUCAGCUGAAGGUGUAUCUGUGUGUUCUUUCAAUGCUGAUUUGCUAUAUGAACCAUGGGAAGUUGUCGAUGAUGAAAGCCGUCCAUUCAGCACAUUUUCUGAUUUUUGGGAAAAAUGUCUUACCAUGCCUUAUGAUCCUGAAGCUCCACUUCUUCCGCCUAAAAGGAUAAUAUCUGGUGAUGCAUCAAGAUGCCCUUCAGACAACUUGGUGUUUGAGAGUGAAUUAGAGAAAGGAAGCAAUGCACUUCUUGCUCGAGCGUGGUCUCCUGGUUGGAGCAAUGCUGAUAAGGCACUCACUACUUUCAUUAAUGGACCGUUGAUUGAGUAUUCCAAGAAUCGUAGUAAAGCUGAUAGUGCAACAACCUCAUUUCUGUCACCGUGUUUACAUUUUGGUGAAGUCAGUGUUCGUAAGGUAUUCCAUCGUAUUCGUACUAAACAAACACUCUGGGCUAAUGAAGGAAACAAAGCAGGUGAAGAGAGUGUCAACUUGUUCCUCAAGUCUAUCGGCCUUAGGGAGUUCUCGAGAUACAUGAGCUUUUAUCAUCCUUACAGUCAUGAAAGGCCAUUGCUUGGUCAGUUGAAGUACUUCCCUUGGUUAGUAGACGAGGGUUAUUUUAAGGCGUGGAGGCAAGGUAGAACAGGUUAUCCUUUAGUUGAUGCAGGUAUGAGAGAACUUUGGGCCACUGGCUGGUUACAUGAUCGUAUUCGAGUUGUUGUGUCUAGUUUCUCUGUUAAGGUUCUGCAGCUUCCUUGGACAUGGGGAAUGAAGUAUUUCUGGGACACACUGUUAGAUGCAGAUCUCGAGAGUGAUGCUCUUGGUUGGCAAUUUAUUACCGGUACCCUACCUGAUGGUUGUGAGUUCCUCGGAAUUGAUAAUCCACAGUUUGAGGGAUACAAGUUUGAUCCAAAUGGGGAAUAUGUUCGACGAUGGCUUCCUGAACUUGCUAGGCUGCCCACAGAAUGGAUACACCACCCAUGGGAUGCACCAGAAUCUGUACUUCAAGCUGCUGGAAUUGAGCUUGGUUCCAAUUAUCCUUUUCCUAUCGUUGAAAUCGUUGCAGCAAAAGAACGACUAGAAGAAGCGUUGUCACAAAUGUGGCAGCUUGAAGCAGCUGCAAGAUCUGCUAUUGAGAAUGGAAUGGAGGAAGGACAUGGAGACUCCACUGAUGAGUUUGUCCCAAUAGCUUUUCCUCAGGCUAUGCAGAUAGAAAUGGAAGCUAAUAAUGUACCGGUCAGGAACAAUAAUCCUACAAUUACUGCUCUACGACGUUAUGGAGAUCAGAUUGUUCCUAGCAUGUCAUCUUCCUUUUUUAGGAAUGAAGACGAAGAAACCUCUGUUGAUAUUAGAAAUUCAGUUGUAGAUAGUAGAGCAGAAGUUCCAAUAAUAUCGAUGUAAUGCAAGAACUAUGGAAUACGUACACUUGACCAAGCAGGAACUCCGAAGAUCAAAAUAUCACAUUUAUAUACAGAUAUGAUGCCUCUACUUCUCUGUACCAGACAUUAGUUGAGACGAUACGUAGUAGUUAUGAUUUUAGUUCCAGAGGAUGUCGAAGCCUCAUGGAACUUUCUUAACCUGUGUGUGA